UAAAAAAUCUGAUGUAUAUAGUGUUGGUGUUCUUUUGUGGGAAUUAUCUAGCGGUUACCCACCUUUUAGGGAUGACGUUGAGCCGUAUCAACUUGUUUCAUUAAUUUUGGAUAUUAAAAAUGGUGUUCGAGAAACUCAUAUCGAAGGAACACCGUCCACAUAUAUCAAGAUCUAUUCAGAUUGUUGGCAACACGAUCCCGAUAAUCGACCAGAUAUUCAGCAUGUCUUUUUAGACCUAAAAAAUUUAAUUACCAAUGAUAAACAGUCUAUAAAUAGUAUUUCUCAAUACUCGAAUACAUUAGAAACUCAUGGGGAAUUUUAA